AACAAGCAGAAUCAGCUUCAGUUUCUCCUUUGUGGAACUACUGAGGAUCAGCCAGCGCAACCAUGAAGGUCACUUUCUUUGAGGACAGGAACUUCCAGGGUCGCUCUUAUGAGUGUAUGGGCGACUGUGCUGAUAUGCACUCUUACAUGAGCCGCUGCCACUCUUGCAGAGUUGAGAGCGGAUGCUGGAUGAUGUAUGAUCAUCCCAACUACAUGGGAAAUCAGUAUUUCUUUAAGAGGGGAGACUAUGCUGAUUACAUGUCUAUGUUCGGAAUGAGCAACUGCAUCAGGUCCUGCCGUAUGAUCCCCAUGUACAGGGGAUCCUACAGAAUGAGGAUCUACGAGAGGGAGAACUUCAUGGGUCAGAUGUACGAGAUGAUGGAUGACUGUGACAGCAUCAUGGACCGUUACCGCAUGUCUCAUUGUCAGUCCUGUCAUAUUAUGGAUGGUCACUGGAUCUUCUAUGAGCAGCCCCACUACAGAGGCAGGAUGUGGUACUUCAGGCCUGGAGAGUACAGGAGCUUCAGCAAUAUGGGUGGCAUGAGAUUCAUGAGCAUGAGGCGUAUCAUGGACUCCUGGUACUAGAGUUUAAACUAAUAAAAAAAAAUUCAGUACCACAAUAAAUAUUGUCAUUGUUGUUGUCUAAACA